AUGUAAGCUUUGUACUUCUCAGCCUAAAGAGGUUCUUUAUUUAACCCAUAGAAAACGUGGGGGUCAGUAGCUAUAUCUUGUCAAAGAACCUGGUGGACAUGUGGACGGUGGAAGACAGGGGUUGAACUUGAACACUGCUGCUGAGCUGAGCCCGGCGGAUAAAUGGGAGUGGCGGUGGCACUGUUAACACCAGCAGCCAGUGAGCAGAAGAUUUGUAAUCUGUCACAGAGCUGCUGUGCCAUUGGCUUCCUCGGAGGAGAUACAGCCAGAGAGUCAGCGAGGCGACAAGCUGGGGAAGGUCCCAGGCUGACUCUCCGCGAUGAGCCGGUCUCAGUGCCGCCUUCCCCGCGCUUGAAGCAAACCCGGUCUGAACUUAGCGCGGCUCAAUUGCAGCCCGCUUCGGUGACAUUUUUUAAAUUUUAUUUAUUUGUUUAUUUUUUUUAAAAACACAAAUUAGUCGCCGAGACGCCUCUCGAAGGACGAAUGACUCCACCGGCUCACCUCGUGAUUUCAUUCUGCUAAAAGCUCCAGUGAGGCACAGCAGUUUCUUCAUGGCGUCUCCUCAACAGUCAAGAAUUCAGUCGUAUCUGGAAAAAAAUAAAAUCGGACCCCUGUUUGAGGAGUUGAUGACCAAAUUGAUAACUGAGACUCCAGACCAUCCAAUCCCUUUUCUCAUUGAUCACCUGCAGACCAAGCAAGACAGCCCUGGCAAGCUACACAGAGCUUUAUCAGGCUCAGCAGCGCUGUGGGCACAGAGCUCCCCAGAAAACAAAAACACCCGAAGGGAGUACAGCAACUUUGAGAAGCCAUGGCAAAUUCAUCCAAAGAAACCUAAGAAAUCAAAAAGUGACCUGGCCGUUUCAAGUAUCUCCCCACCAUCACCAGAGUCCAAGUCCUUGCCGCGAUCAGUUGAGUACCCAUCCUGGGAUUGGAGAGAGAGUCGGGACUUUGAUGAGCUCAACCACAUUCUGCAGGAGAGCAAGAAGCUUGGAAAGGCCCUGGAGAGUCUGUCACGUAGCAUCGCCAUCUCUGAUGAGCUUGACCAGAACUUUGGGGGCUACAACUCUGUUCUGCGCCCUCGGGUGGUGGGGGAGUGGGUCGGUCGAGAAGAAAACGAUGCAGACCCAUUGGCUGCUGAGAUGUUGCACCCGCCUGUUCCCCGGACCAAAACUGAAGUGUGUUGGAGUGGAGACAACAGCCCAGCUCGGAGCCUGAAGAUGGAAACAAAGAGCAAAGGGUUAAAGGAGCAACAGCAGCAUCACAAGAAGCUCCUGGCAGCCAUGUUGUCCCAGGAUUCUUUUGAUUCAGUCAACAGCCCUGCCCCCUCUGUUGUGGAGGAAGAGAUGGAGGAUGAGGAUGAUGCCAUGGAGCUUCUGGAGGACCUGGAUGAUCUGCGGAUGGAGGGUGUGACAGGGCUGGCGCCAUCCGGCAGUAAGUUCAGCCAGGGACGCAGCUCCUAUCAGUCUGAACCACAGGCCAAAGUUACACUCAACAUCUGCUCAAGGUGUGCCAGGUUACAGGGGGACACACUAUCAGACAGCCGAUCGGAAGAGGAGCACAAGCCUCACAUAUCUGAACAAGCUGUACCUGACAUCUCCUCGCUGUUGCCUGGGGUGGACACAGUGGCGGCUCGACUGCAGGAAUGCGAGGUCUUAUCUCAAGUGUCAAGCUCUCGUCAGGCUGUCUGGGAUACUGAUCUGAAGGCUGUGAGAGGUGGGAGCUCUACUGGGCCAACGGGUCUGCUACUGGGCGACUCCCUCUUUUCUAAAGAGCUGGAGAACAUGGGCAAACAGCUCGCUGAGGUUGAGAAGGACCUGGCCAAACUGGCAGAAGUAGGAAAGAUGACCACUCGCAGCUCUAAUAAUCCACAUGGUAGUCUUCUUCACACUCCUCUGCGCCACAGGACACUACCUGACACACUUCCUCUCCCCAGCCUUGUCUCCAGACCCCAGUCACCUGCUGGCAGCCUCUCAGGCAAGCCUUGUAGCAUCGGCCUCCCUCUACUAAACCCCAAGCCCACCACCCUGGUCAUGGGUCGGACUCAAUCUCCCAGCAACCCUGGUAGCAGGACUCAAACCCCCAGAACACCCAGCAGGCCCCUGACCCCAAAUAGCUUGCUGACACGCUCCACUUUCAACCCUGGAUCUCAUAAAGAAGUGACAUUCAGGAGGUCGCGAAGCCGCCCUGUGACUCCCACGAGUCAGCCAACACAUCCUCGACCGCUGCUCACCCCUCCAGGAUUAAGCACUACAGACAGCCUUGGUGCCAGCCUUCGGGCAUAUCUGUCAGAGGAUGAGUUUUACCAGCAGUUAAUGGCCAUCCGACAGCCUUGGCAUAUUCCCAGUGACACAGACAGUGACAUCCUGGAGCCUCCUGAGCAGGAUAAGAGUGGUUCACGAGAUGCCAACAUGAGAUCUGUGUUUUCAGGCCUAUAGUGAUGAAGACCAGAGACACUGAUCCAAUCAAACUAUUAUGCAAACAACUGGACAUUUUGAAUAUGUGUACAGAGACGAUUAUUUUUAUAAAUCAUAUGAAUGAAAAUACGAUUGUACACUUUUUCACAGAUAUUUCAUAAACAUUGUACUGUAACUGUAUGAUAAAAUGAGAAAAUAUUACUUGAGAGUAUAGAAUAUGCCAUUUAUUUUUGUUUGCUCCAUAGCAUGCUAUUACACUUCGAUAUGGAGUCCAAAAAACAGAUGCAUUUUGUUGUUCAUAGACUCUUUUUCUAGGCCUAGUGCAGAUUCACAUUAUGAAGAUAGCACACUUAUAUUAAGAACGUAUUAUUGAGAUGCACUGUUUAAAGAAUUUGUGUUUUUCAGAUAGCAAAUAAGCAAGCUGUCGAUGGAAAAUAUGGAAUGCUGUUAUUUUAAUUAAAAUGAUUUUGGUGCAUUUUUCUGUUUUUGACUCUAGUGUACUGUGUUACCCCAUAUGUUGUCAAUGCCAAAUAUUUUUUUCUGAAUUUCCACAAGCAAAAACACUUAAAGUUCCACUCUAGCAGUUAUUGAUUCCCUGAAAACUCAUCUUAAAAUGACUUGGUUAUGAUUCAAAACCUUUAUCAAGCAUUCCCCACAUCGCUGCUCAUCAGCAGUUGAAGUUCCCAAGAAGAGGAAGCUCUGUGUUAUGAGGUUGCAUGAAGUAUCAAUAUAGCAAUGUAUUCAUUUUCUAACACCUUCUGAGAUGUAUUAAAAACGCACAGUUUGUUG